ACCACUUGUAAUUCAAAACCAACAUUUUGCAUAGCACUAUGUGUACCAGGAUGUUUCUGCAACAUAGGCUUGGUUCGGGGUCCGUACCGAAAGUGCAUAAAUCCUGAAGAGUGUCCAGGUACAAACCCUCAGUGUCCAGAUGGAGAACAUUUCAGUGAGUGUGGAACAGCAUGUGAGGAGACUUGUGAUGAACCUCCCGAUGCUUGUAUAGACUUGUGUGUUAAAGGUUGUUUCUGCAAUUCAGGUUUGGUCAGAGGUCCGAACAAGAUAUGUAUCAAACGUGAUGACUGUCCAGGAAAUAGCCACGAGUUAUUUUACUGUUAAUCUCUUUCUUGGUCAAGAAUUUUUAGAAUAGCUACUUAAAACUUUUGUAUUACCAUUUAUUUUACAAUUACAAUAUCACCAAAUUUGAAAUAAUCCCACA